AUGUCUCAAAAACAGUACCCUUCCAUGAACCGUGCGGCCACUGAGUGUGGUUUGGCUUCCUCUACAUCCAAGGGCACUGGGCAUGUGGCGGGCGACAACACUGGGCAACUGUCUCUCGUUUCUGACGCAGCCGACAAGGUUGCUGCGGAGAAACGACCUACAGGCGAACCCAUCACCUCUUCUGGUCCCUCGACCACUAAGCCAAUACCUUGUAACUUGCGUUUUACCAAAAAAAAGCCAACACCAUCCAACGCCGGUACUUCGUCAGGUUCAGCUAUCCAGCCCAGCCCCUCCCAUCCGCCAGCGGUUGUCCCAGACGCCCCUGGUCAUGGGUUCGGUGGUGGAGAGCCGCGAUUCUCAUUGCCAGAACGACCUGGGUGGGUCAUAGUCGAAUUUGAAGGCAGCACUCCAAAUGGUAUCCAGUUCUCGAUCCUUUCAAUUACGACCGUGUUUCUGGUCAUCUACGGCGCACUACUGUACGUUGGCUGUGGGAUCAGUGGCCCAUGA